UUCUCUCCAACGCCAAUCUCUCUACUACAUAUAUCGUAUCAGUUCUGUUCAGUUCACUGCAGUUUUACUAUCGAGCUGUUGUGUGUAGUGUCGCAUCAUGUCGCAUUACACAUUUUUAAUAGUUAAUCAUAUUUAACAAGGGUGAUUCAUGAACGUAUAUCAAUAAUACAAUGUGUCAAAAAUAAUAUUAAAAAUAUCAUUUUAAAACUAUUUAAAUAUUAUGUUAUGGAGCCAAUUAAAACAAGUCAAGCUAAAUGUAAUUCACUAAAUCCUGGGCAUUAUGCUAGGACCAAUAGAUAUUGCGUUGAAAAUGAUAAUAACGAGGAGAAUGAGCACAAUAAAUCAUCAGAAGCCUACAAAAAUUUGAUUUCACAGCACAGUACGUGGCCAGUAAAACGUGAUACAUGGACUGGUCAACAAAUUAAUUAUCCUGAUCAACAAAAUUCAUCGACAAGUUACAAUGAAAUGGCAAGUAUAGUGAACUAUGGAGAAAAUGGAUGUCUAGAUGGUAGACAUGGCCAACGACGUCUAGGAGCUAAAGUGGAUGUUGUCUAUAGUCUUCUAGGAAUGCUAGGAAGUACAGAUGGACGGGAAGAUAUGAGUGCAACUCUCUUAGCAAUGAGCAAUUCAAUCGACAGUUGUUUAAUAAUGCGACAAUCUGGUUGUCUACCACUAUUAAUUCAAUUAAUUCAUGCAAAUGGACAAAACCCUGAGACACGAGAGCGUGCAACACGUGCUUUACAUAAUGUAGUUCAUGCAAGAAGUGAUGAAAAAAUAGGAAGACGUGAAGCACGGGUGUUGAGACUGCUAGAACAGAUAAGAGAUUAUUGUCAGAUGUUACGGAUAUCAUUGAAAUCAGAACGGCCUUUAGAUGAUCUUGAAAGACAUCCUGGUCCUACCAUAGCAGCUUUGAUGAAACUAUCUUUUGAUGAAGCACAUCGACAUGCCAUGUGCCAACUUGGUGGACUACAUGCUGUAACAGAGCUUAUUGAAAUGGAUCACGCGGUACACGGGAGUGAUUCUGAUGAUCAGAGUUGUAUAACUUUACGUAGAUACGCUGGAAUGGCAUUGACUAAUCUAACAUUUGGCGAUGGGAAUAAUAAAGCACUGCUCUGUUCUUUUCGUGAAUUCAUGAAAGCCUUGGUAUCACAAUUGAGAAGUUCGAGUGAUGAUUUACGUCAAGUUACAGCUAGUGUGUUGCGUAAUUUAUCAUGGCGUGCUGAUAGUAGUAGCAAGCAGACUCUUAGGGAAGUUGGUGCGGUGACGGCUUUGAUGAGAGCAGCAAUGGAAGGUAGAAAGGAAUCAACACUCAAGUCAAUUCUAUCAGCUUUAUGGAAUUUAUCAGCACACUGUAGCACUAAUAAAGUUGAUAUUUGUGCUGUUGAAGGAGCACUAGCAUUUCUCGUUGAUAUGCUAAGUUAUAAAGCUCCAUCUAAGACCUUGUCGAUUGUAGAAAAUGCUGGAGGAAUUCUUAGGAAUGUAUCAAGUCACAUUGCUUUGAGAGAAGACUAUCGUGCUAUUGUAAGGGAACGUGGUUGUUUGCAAGUUCUUCUGAGACAAUUAAGAUCACCAAGUUUAACUGUUGUUAGUAAUGCUUGUGGUACUCUUUGGAAUUUAUCAGCUCGUUGUCCACAUGAUCAACGUCUCCUCUGGGAUCUUGGAGCCGUACCAAUGCUACGAAGUCUAGUACAUUCAAAACAUAAAAUGAUAUCAAUGGGUUCAUCAGCAGCAUUGAAAAACCUCCUUAAUGCUCGGCCAUAUGGUAGUAACUUGGUACAUUUGGAUUCAACUGCAAGAUGUUUGGGCUUACCAACUCUACCUUCACUUGCGGUACGACGUCAGCGUGCACUGGAGCAAGAAAUUGAUCAAAAUCUGUCGGAAACAUGUGAUAACAUUGAACCUAGUACAUCUCCAACUAAUAAGGAAGAUAAAUUCUCAUUUAAAAUUGAUUCCAAUUAUGAAGAUCUUACACUUCAAAGAAAAACUUAUCAGAAUCAUAAUAACCAGGAAGUUUUACCAAAAACAAAUGGAGUAUCUCGAAGUGAAAGCAAGGAAUCGAUGCGUUCAGUCACCAGCACUCAUUCAGAUACGAUAUUCGAACGAGUCAAUAGAUACGCAUCUAAUGAGCUUACACCAAAUGAAUUACAAUCUAAACAACAAUCUUUAUCAUUACAUUCUGCUGUUAGUUUCAAUGCAUACGGGGUAUCGAGUCAAACAGAAAAACGAUAUGCUCUUCAUUAUAAAAAUGUCAUACCUGAGCAGUUACAGCUCAUGGAAAUUGAUGUCAAUGAUCGCAACAUGAAAUCUAUCACUUCAACGAUAUCAUGGGCAAUUGCUGAUGAUCAAAAAUCAUCUUGUUCUUUAUUACAAUCAUCAGUUAAAGAUAAAUUAUCACUAGCAGAAUCAACCGAAUCAAUAGCUAAUAAAAAUUCUAAUGAUUACGAAACAUUUGGACAUAAAUUAACUAAUUAUAAAAAUUCAUCAGCACGAUCAUCAACUGAUUCAAUUGUUUUUAAUGAAUCUACAAAAUUGUUAGAUAAAUCACGUUUCUUACAUGCAUCAAAUCACAAGCUGGAAAGUGAUCCUUUUGGUAAUUAUGCUGAGACUGAUCUUGAUGAGCCAACUAAUUAUAGUUUACGCUAUGCUGAACGCAAUUUGGAUGAAGAUGAAAAACCAAGACUGGAAUAUUUAUUAGAAAAUGAACAACCCAUAGAAGAUACUGUAAAAACUUAUUACACUGAAGGUACACCACAUGAUACUUCAUUGAAUCCAUCUCGUGCAACAUCACAGUCAGACCUGCAGUAUGAUAAAAUGAAACAAGGUAAAUUAGAGCUAAAUAAAAAUAAAUCCAAUGAUGAUAUUCAAUAUUUUUUGAAAGGUAAAUCCAAUAAAAAAGUGCUGGAGAGUUAUAAGAAGUUAGCUCAAAAUCAACUUGAUUCUUUGAAUAUAAAAAAACCAGAUAAUCUGAAAUCAUCAAUUAAUAUUGACUCCAAUAUAACUAAUAUUAACUUAGCGAUCAAUAGUGAGACGAAAAUAAUCAAUGAACCGUAUUCAAUUGAACAGAAAGUAAUAAAGAAACAAAAUGGUAUAAUAGAAUUAGAAAGCCUGACUGAAUCAAUAGCUAGUGAUGGUGAUGAUGAUGAUGAAGACUUAUUAGCAGCUUGUAUUCAUAUUGGUAUGCAAAAUAAUCGACAUAUGCAAUCAUUUAGAAGAAAUAUUUCUGAUGAUGAUAAUUUGCAUGAAGAAAAUAAUGAUAAUUGUUAUCAUUUAGAGUCAAUGGAUGAUGAGAAUAAAAAUUCAAAAAAUCAGAAUGAUUUAACAUCAACUAAACCACCAUCUGUAAAUAAAAUAACGAUGAAUAUUGUUGAUGAUAAUGUUGAAGAUAAAUUAAAAUCUAGUCAAGGAAUCCUAUCCCAACCUGUGAGUACAGAAUCGUUUAAUUCUGUUGAUAAAUCAGAGCAAGUUUUACUAGAGUUAUGUAUUAAACCAGAAAAUCCAGUAAAUAAUACCGAAGAAGCUGAUAAUCAGACAGAAAAAUAUAGACGCCAGCGUGAUCCAGAUGCAAUGAUAGCAUCACUAGACCGUUUAACAGCAACUCUAGUUCAACAGACUGAAGCAAUGCGUGAAAAAGAAUCAAUAACAAUGAAGCAAAGUCUUCACAGUGAUUCAUGGAAUGAAGAUUCUCCAAAUGAUUCAUCGUUUCCAACAAUCAGCAUGAGUGUACCAUUAAUAGCGUCAUUUAAGAGUGAUACCCAAGAAGAAAUGGUUGAAGUUUUUUCUAAUAUCAAUAAAGACACAAUUAUGGAAGAGUCUAAUACAGCAGCUGCUGAAAUAAUUGAAGCAGAGGCUCUCAAAGUAGCUGAAGCAAUGACUAAUGAGUUUAAUGUUAAUCAGAACACUCAAGAUCUUGAUGAUAUUAAACCUCCAUCACUAAUGAACAGCAUUCUAUCAUUGACCAUGAGUUUUGUGGGGACAGAAAAUGGCGAUGAUCAACGCAAUUCAACGUCUCUUCCUCCAACAUUGUUGAAAUCUAGGAUUUUUGAUAACCAUGGCAGAAAAAAGUCUCUUCCAGUGAGUAUCGCUGCUAAACGAUCACUAGUCAAGGAGUAUGUACAUACAGGAAGUCUAGAAAAUUUAUUAAACGACACUAGUAUUGGUAAUGUUUCACAGCUGGAGAAUGUCAAGCCACCUUCAAUGAUGGAUGAAAUUCUAGACAAUGGAGAUAUGGAGAACAGUAUGUUAAGUGUUGCAAGUAUUGUAUCUGAGAUAGCAGAUAGUAAAAAUCCCAACUCUGGAAGUUCAUUGAUUCAUGACGUUAAUAAAACUCCUAGCAAACAUCUAGGCUCUUCCAACAAUAGUCACAAUGAAUACCUUGAAAACAUAAAUCCACCCUCGUUAUUUAAUGUGAUUAGUGAAAUAGAUGAUACUACAAUGGAUGCCAAUACUGAAACCCUAUACAGUGAUACUCUUUGUAUUGAUAAUCAACUUCAAAUAGAUGAAACAAAUGUUGAUAAAAAUACAACGGACCAGGAUGUCAAUGAUAAUGAUACUGAUGAUGCUGCUACACCGAUAUCAACAGAGUACAGCAGUUCAGCAGAGUCAACACCGAAGAAGAUUCCCAAAAAGCAACAAGUAACUCCAAAACAACGAAGACAACUGGCUAAAGAGAGGUACAGGACUUAUACAAUAGCAGCAAAGUUGAUUAAAAAAGAAGGAAAUGAUGGUGCGAAGAAAGAUAAAUUUGAAACGCAAAUAAAUCGUACUAAAUUAACUCCAAAACAACGUCGUCAGGAAGAUCCAUCAAGAUUUCAAACACAGAUUUUACAUUCAAUACCCAAAGCAUCUUUAAUUCCAUCACCUAAAACCGUUGUUAGUACUAAAGUGUCAUUGGAGUCAGAGAGUCAAAUAAUAUCUAAUGAAAAUAAUAUCGUUCUGUUUGCUUUAAAUGAUUCUACGAAAGCUGAUAAAUCUCUGCUUGACUGUGAAACAUUGAAUUUGGUGACAAAUAAUUUAGAGACUGAAAAAGAUCCCCAAAGAGAUGCUGGAGAUGUUGAUCGGCAAACAUCUGAAAAUAAUUCUGAUGUCAAUAAUAAAAUGGAAUCAACAGAAGCUUCAGAAAACAGUGAAUCAGAAAAUGAAAAUCAAAUUAAAGAGAAAGUAUUGAAGAGACCUCGUAUCAUUAAACCAAAAAUUCAAGAAGCUGGUGAGGAUAAUUGUGAAGAAAAAUCACCAUCAAAUAGUCCUAAGGCUAUCAGAGGACGUAGAAAGGCUUUGUAUUCAAAUCCAAAUAAAAAAGUAUCAUCAACACCUGCUACAUCUGCUCAUAUAAACAUCUCUGGUGGACGUACAAGUGUCUCGCCGAUGGUUCGAAAUACUAGAGCAUCAACACUCAAACAAAAUGUGAUGAAUGAUUAUCAAACAAAGUCUGGAGUCACUCAGAAAAUAUCAUCGACGGUCAAGAAUAUGACAGUGAAUAAAAGAAGUUCAAUUCCACAAAGAAAAUCAUCAACAAGUCUUGCUAACAAAUCGGCUAAAAAUUUAAAUAGCUCUGCGGACAAUGGAUCAUCUGGACAUCAAAGCACUCAAGUGCCAAAGCCUCUGGAAAGGCAAAAUACUUUUACCAAAGACGAGCCGGAAAUGGAGAAUGUACCGAGUGUUGUUCCAGCAUCACCAAGUAAAUCAAAGAUAGCUAAACCUGUGCGUGGAUCGAUGACAAAAAUUUCAUCAACUAAAUCAAAAAUUGCUGCUAAAACUGGACCUCAGCAGUCGAAAUUAACUAAAUGUGUUAGUGCUGAACGAAUAGCAAGUCCUAAAGGACCUAGCACAGUAGUGAAUAAAAGAUAUUCUGGUACAGAAAGUAAAAUAUUAUCAAGCAACAUCAAUACUAAUACUAAAAUACCGAAGAAACCAAUCAAUCUUGGACAAAGGUCUAAUAGUAAUUCAAGCAUUGUAGCAUCAAGCUCUGAAUUAACUAAAAAAUUGACCAAGGAGACGACGAGUAAAGUCGCAACGUUGUGGAAGAAGGUUGAUGAAAAUAGGAAUAAACGAUUUCAGAAGUGUAAGUCAGAACAAAGUGAUACUGGAGCAGCUGAAUUAUCUAGUGGAACUAAAACAGUGAGUCAUUCACCAACACGACUAUUCCGUAGUUCAACAUUCAAUGGUAUAACAACUGAUGUUGAUGCUGAUUGUCAAGGAAUAGAUCAAGAUUCUUGUGACUUGACUGGUUCAAGUACAGGUGAUGUUCCAUGUAAGAUACCAGUUAGAUGUUCUAGCUCCAAAGUCAAUGAAAAGUUUGAUAAUAGAACAGUGGUGAUGAGGAAAGAUCAUACAGAAACAUCACAGAAUAAUCAAAUAAAACGUAUCUCUCGACUUGGGUCUUUUAUUAGUGUUGAUUCUCCAGGUAAUACUGAUAAUAUUCAAAUACCAACUAUUAAUUAUUCUUCAAGAUCAAAGCUAUCAACACCGAAUGCUAUAAAAACCAAUGAAAGUGGUGAUAUUACUGCUUCACAUCAAGUAAUGACCGCAUAAAAAUCAUUUUUAAGACAUUACCAUAAUUUUUAUUAAUUUAAUUAUACUUAAUACGAUUAAGUAUUAUUCUUUGUUACUAAUUUAUCAUUAAAUAACUUAUCUUAUUUAAUUUUUUUGAGAAAAUAAAAUGAUAAAUCAACAUUGAUAUUUUAUUGAAUUUUUUUUUUUUUGCUUAAAAAAAAAGUAAGAAAUAAUUAGAACAAACAAAAAAAUGAUAAAUAAUUCAUACUUAAAGCUUAUUCUUAUAUUGUAAUUUAUUUAAAUUGAGUAAAUGCAUUUAAUAA